UUACCAGGGUUUUGGUCGCUCGAUAAUGCCCGGUAAUCGCGCUGCGAAGAAACGGAAAGUUCAGAAGGUCACUAAAAUGGCGGAACCAGAAAGAGAAGUAAUCGAAAUAGACGAUUCUAGCCCUUCACCCGAUCGAACGGGCACUCCACUGAAACCCGUUUUCUGCCUGAAGAACAGGCACGAAAUCGACAAGUUCGAGGAGAGUGAAGAGUGCUUCAUUCUUGACUUUGACCCGUACGAUGAUGAUUUAGAUAUCUUCAAACUCUCUCUCUCCAAGGGUUUCGACGAUGCUUCCGAAUUGAGUGUCGUUUCUGAAAAAGGGCAGGUGGCGUGCAGAGAUUAUCCCCACCCGAGGCACAGCUGUGCAAAAUAUCCAUUUGCGAAGACAACUCAUGACAAACACUGCAAAUUGUGCUACUGUUAUGUUUGUGAUUUAUCCGCACCUUGUCCAAAGUGGAACGGUUCGUCUGGUCAUUGCCAUGCAUUUAAC